AGUACACGCGCACACGAGGAAUCGUCCGUUGGUUCGUUCCGUUCCAUUCAAUCAGACAGAAUCAGUCAGUCAGCUUACAUAGCCCGACAGAGUCGGUUUGGCGUAACUAGAGUUUCUUCCUCGGUUGGUUCGUGUGUGCCUCAUUUCACAACAGUAACAUUGCGAACCCCCCCGCGCACCGGUUCAUGUGCUGAUCUUGAGUCGCCUUGUUCCUUCAUCUCUCACCGCAGCUCGUCGCCUAUUAGAGGCCUAUCGUUAACGGCUUCUGCUGAAGACAGACUGCAGUGCCGUUAUUGGCAGUGCAGUUUUUUUACGUAAAGUUUGUGGUGCAGUUCUUAAGAUCUCGUUUUGGAGUUGCAUUGGAGAGAGGUUAUCGGUUUGAAUUAUUUAGUGAGAUACACUAAGUUACUAAGUGGUUACUACGAUGAAAAGCAGUUGGUGUCGAUUGACCUACGAGUUUACAUAAUAAAACCACAAUUGUGGCCGUAUGAGUAGAUUGCGUUUAAUGCUAAAGCUUCGUGUAGUGGUCGGAUGAAUCAACGAGAAAGGUAAGGUAAAUUAAGUCACCUUUGUUGAGCGUGUUUCCCAGUUUGCACUACAACAGCAGUAACUUAAGCUGCAAAGCCUAUGGCGAAUGAGGAGGAACGACAUCAGCAAGAAGAAAAAACGGCUGUGUAUGUGUGCGGGUUUACUGUUUGCCAAAAGUAGCUAGAAAAAAAGUGCACCAUCUGUGAAUGUGAGUAAUAUGCAACUAAAAAGCAAGCAAGAAAGUUGAUCACCGCUACGUGUAGUAGGUAUGCGUUUAAAGCGAGAAAUGAGUAUCAUUCGGUGAUCUACUUCUACGUGUUUUGUUCGCGAGUGCUGGCGCGGCGAAGUGGAAAAAGAGUUGCACAUAAAUCGAGUGAUUCAUGGCAAAGAGGAAGAUCUAAGUAGUCGCAAGAAGCCAAGCAGAAGACCGACCGUAAAGGUCAUUGAGCGUAAAUAUUUUCAUACUCUUCGUGGGUACCGUGUGUCGUGUGAAAUUUAGCGAAACCCAGCGACGGCGCCAUAUCUCAAGACGAGGUUCCUCCUAGUCGGAUUGUCGGAAUACGCAACAACCUAAAGUGACGAAGCGACGCUUGUGUCGAAGAAUUCGGCUGCUGCGCUCUGAUGGUAAAACAACUAUGACAUGGGAUCCUGCUCGAGACGACAAUUUUUGUUGUCAAUAUGCUUCUUGCAGUUGUUGUUCAUCAUCGAACGUCAGGUGUUCGACUUCCUCGGGUACAUGUGGGCCCCGAUACUGGCAAACUUCUUUCAUAUAAUAUUUGUGAUAUUUGGAUUCUUUGGUGCCUAUCAAUAUCGUCCAAAAUACUUAGUAACGUACUCACUAUGGAAUCUUUUAUGGAUAGGAUGGAACGCGUUCUUAAUAUGCUUUUAUUUAAAUGCAGGAAUUUUAGAUAGGGAUAGUGACUUAUUAAAUUUAGGAACCGGUAGUGUGUCAUGGUUCGAAGUGAACGGGUAUGGUUGCAAGCCAACCUAUCCGAUGAACAUCACCUCCGAGGACCCAUACCGGCCGGUGAGGCCCGAACGAGUCGAUGGUUGUUUGCUGGAUUACCACAUAGUGGAAAUUGUUCAAUCCAGUUUGCAAUGUGCGCUGGCGCUACUCGGUUUCUUCGGAGCUGUCUGCUUGGGCCAUACAUAUCUGGACGAAGACGAUAGUUUCGACUUUAUGGGUGGCGAUGCUAAAAGUCCCCAGCAUACGGCAGUGCAUCCAAUGUACGUGAGCUAUACUAGUUUACCUACCACGAAUAGUGCCACCUCAACGCAGCUGAAGCAGGCAAACGCUGCAAGUGCUGCUGCGAAAUCUGCCCAAUCUGCCAUCACCAACAGCACCACGGUCAUCACCGCCAACAAACAUAACAGUACUAGCAACCAUUGCCUCAAUAACACUAGUAGCAAUAAGCUUGGUGUUGUACUCAUGUCGAUUAAUGGCCACGGUAACAUGAAUGCAAAUUCAUCUUCAAACACUAACACUCUGUUAUCGUCAUCUUCGUCACCGUCAUCGACUUUCACCAAUUGCAACGGAAACGGUAGUAGUAGCAUAAGCGGCACUGGCUGCAUUCCACCAGUCGGCGGUUUAACACACGAAGCACACGUUCCACUUCACCAGCAACCAAUGCCGCACCUGCAUCCGCUCAGUCGAAAUUCUAGCUUUAGCAAAACUCGCAGCGGACAAAUACGUAAGAAUAGCAGUAGUGCCAGUAUUCGCUACACUGACGUGAUUCAACAGCAGCAGCAACAGGACGAACAAAAGAUAAUUCCAAACGACGACGAUACCUUUUUCAUUCCGAAAAGUUCUUCCUGUAGAAACAACUUCGGUAUCAGCAAUCCUUUUAACAAUGUCUCCAGUCGGUACUAUCGCGACGGCGAUGGUGAUUCACGAGCUGACGAUGACGACAAUACUCGUCUAAUUACCGGUUCCUUGCAGCAAUUGUCCGUUUCGACUCCGCUCAAGCGGAAUCCUUCGAUCACAUCGAACGGCACCACGGGCAACGACACUAACACAACGACUCCCAGUAGCGAGAAAAACGUGAUAGCGUUCGAACGAAAUGUUCCCCACGGGACUCGGUCCGACUUGGCCAGUCACCAGCAUAGGAUAGGGUAUAAGUCGUUCCAACCAGUUCAACCAGGACCGCCACCAGUACCACCCUUGCCACAGUUGCACCUUCAACAUCAUCAAUUUGAUAAUACCGAAAACUAUCGAAUGCCUUAUCAGUACAUAACACGAUCCCCGAACUUGAAUCGCAUUGCUAGACGAAAUAACACAAAUCUAAUCAAUAACAAUAACAGCACUGGCUCAUCGUCAUCGCGUGUCAUGAGCCCCAAAUAUUGCGACCAAAUUCGCGAACUAGGAGGACCUCUGCCUGGCUACCAUGGCCACGAAAACAACAACUACCCUGCGCCUCCUUCGGCACUUUCUCCCCUGAGUGGCGGAGGAGGCUUUCCCGCAAUGGUUAUGCAUCGUGCAAAGUCGCAGGAUCGACUUUCACAUCGCAGCAGGAGGCACCAUGGCGGAGGGGCACGUGCCCAGCAUGGUGUCCAGCUGCAGCAGCGGCCUCGGUCAUUUUGCAGCAACAACGGAAUCUAUCCGGACUAUGUGAUUAUGGAACAUCCCGACAGUUAGACAUCUGCCAGGCAAACCACAAUGGGGGAAAGAACGAUUCCAUCUCAGCAGUCUGAUUUUUGUCGGUUUAUAUUUUUCCUAUUGCCCGCUUUGAUGUAAAUCGUUGUCGGUAUGGACGUGAAAUAGUGACGGACGGGUGCCCGUAUGUCUCCUCUCAUGGCAUCGGGCAGGGGCACGCAUAUAGUAGUUUUAUUUCUAAAUUGAAUCCAAUUUGAAUUGCAUUUGCCAGACGACUGAAUUUAUCGUUCAUUUGUGUGUAAGAUGAGAGGGCCAUUCGCGGUGAUAUCAUUCCCGCGUACUGUACGCAGCUGGGCGGUAAUGUCGUGCGAAAUAUGUCCGGGUGGAAUCGUUUAAUUUUCCACUUAUGUUAACAGCGACAGCGUGUGCACGCGCUUGUUCUACUAAUUUCAUCUAUUAACUAUAAAAUUCAUUGAGAAAAACUUAGCAACUGUAUUGUUGAAACAAAAAGAUAAUAUUCCACAAACAUCCCUUUAAUAGGAAAAGCUUGGCAGCAAAGCAAGUUUGGCUUUACUGGAAAUUGUAGCCAAUAUAAAAACCCGUUAAUAGUAUUAACUUGGCUAGUGUUCAAAAUGUUUCGAGUGGUUGCACCAUAGAACAAUGUUGAAAAUAUUUUCUUUUUCGGUUUGUAAAUGCAUCCUUGAAAGUUCAAACUCAACAAAAAAAGUGUAAAGCCAAUGUCAAAGCGCUGAAUGCUACAUGAAUCUUCAUAUAUUUGUUUAUAUGCCAUAUACCUAAAUGUUGUAGAGGUUGAAAAUUUUAAACCUGUUUAAUAAGUUUACAUUUGAACAAUAUUCUUAGCGCUUCAUUGUCUAGUAAAUAUUGUAGACAAUUAGGCGUUGUUUAUGCUUUGAGGUUAAAAUAAACAAAAAAAAUAAAAUUCAUUCAACUUUCCUUUUUUUCUUUCCAAUUUAACUCUAUAUUUUUGUUAAAUGCAAACUGUUGAAUCGAAUUUAAAAAUACAUAUCAUUUAUUUAUUUAUUUAUACUCGCAGGUGGCAUUAGCUUUGCUCCUUAGUUUUUUUGUUCACUUUUUACAAGUGAAAUUUUUCACGUGGUUUUCAGAAUUUACACGUUUUUCUCGGAUUUCCGGACUUGAGGUUUUACACAAUUAAAAAUCUAGUUUUGCUUCAGUGAUAGGAUGAAUUAAAUUUUCUAUUUACUUUUCUUUCAGUGAGGUUGAAGAAAGACUCCAUUUACCAAUAAUGAUAUAAAUAAUAAUAAUCGUGUGUCUAAUUGUUUAUGGUACAAAAACAUUUGACAAAAAAAAAAAAAAUAAGUGCAAAAAUUAUACCAAUAAUGAUUAAACAAAUGUUGAUGGGUUUUCCGUCAAUUAAGCAAAGGUUUUUUUUUCUAUUCAAAAAUUGUUAAGGUAUAAAUAAGUUCAUAAAAAUUUUUUUCGUUCAUAUAAAAAAAUUACGUUUGUAACGGCCUUAUUAUGCACUGAAAAGCUGCCUCCCUGUUUCAUAGUAUAAUUUUCACAUGAGAAAUGUUCCUAGAAAUGUGAUUUGUGUAUCACACAAAGUGAUUUUUAUUUUUUUAAACAGGACAACACUAAUAUUCUCUUUUUCGUUGCGGUCACCACAAAUCAAAAUUGGAAUAAAAUAUGGCGGCAUGUUAGGCAAUCAAUCGUUUGAAAUCGACCCUAAUGCAUACUGCAUAUGAGUGAUAGUUGUGGCGCAGUACAGUCGAUAAACCAUGGAACCGUAACCCGGGAAGCAUUAGUAUGGCGCCUGUGUCAUGCUAAUUUGCGGUAUCCGUGCUGGAAGCGAUAUUCAAUCGGCUUGCUCGAAACUAGUAGCUUUCUGUCGAUAUAUCCAACUAACCGAUAUAACUAGGUAUAACUCAGCCUUCACAUCAGAGACAGGUGAAUAGCAUAAUUGUUAUUUUUUCAAAAUAGUACAGCAAACCGUGCUUCUCUUACGUGGCGACUCUACGCCACCCAAACUCUAGCGACAGCUGUUCAGUUUCCCUCUGCACGGUCAACCUCGCUCGCGUUGGGUACAGGGUUAAAGGUGAUGAUACCUGAAAGGAAGGUGAACCACGGCUUCCCCGUCGUCCGCUUCGCUUUACACGGCUUAAUUAUUAACUGACAACAGGCUCGCAACAAAGCCAUUUAUGUGGCUUCUGUUGGGCUCAAGUUUGGCUUCUGUUCGUGAGAUAAACCUCGACUUCCGAUCAUCCUAUCUAAACCUACAUUCAGAGAUUAAAAACCGUCACUAUUUCACUCCGACAGCGACUAGUACAAACAAGAAAAAAAUCAUUCACCAGUUCGUACUGUCCAACGUUCCUUACCAGAAAAUUGCUUCUGUAAAAAGUUAAGCUUAAGUUAUUAUAAGCCAUUUGUAUAACAAUUAUCAAAUCAUUGACAAAUUCGAUUAGUGAAUCCAACCCAGUAGUGAAAUUCGAUCCUGUACUGCGUACGUUGUAGCUAAUAGAAACUAUUAUUAUCGAGAUAGAAAAUCCUAAAACAAGUAGUUCAAAACGUUUCGAUUAGUAGUGGUAGAUAAUAAAACAAACUGUUUAAUUUCUUCGCCUCAAGCAGAGCAUUCGUUGAGUAUAUACUAUUUCAAACCAAAGUAUAAACUAGAAGUUGAAAAUAUAGGAACGAAUAGCGUUGUUACAAAUAUACACUAGUGUGCUUUCCACAAAUUGCCGUACAAAAAUUUAGACAAGGCAGGAGCCGAAUUAGGAUGCAAAUCAUACGCCAACUUAAGAACAUGAAAAGGUAUGACUCACACCGCGCAUGAACUACUAAACUGCCCCUCGUCUGCCAUGCUAACUAGUGGCUGAUUUGUAUGGCAAACACGAGCUAGCCUAGACUAUACCUAGUUCACGCAUUUAGAUUUAUCACUUAAAACGAAUUGCAGCUGGUUUUCAGUCAACGAAGUGAUUCUUUAUUGUUCAUUUUAGGCUUAAGUUAGUUUUUGUAUGCGACGAAAAGAAAGUGAAACUAAAACAAACGAUCGCGACUGCGCGAUCAACAAACUAAGAAGAGCGAAAAAAAUAAAGCAAUCGUUUUAUAUUCUUUUUUUUUUCUUUUUGUAUCAAAAAAUAAAGUAAAUUGUUUCAUUUCAUCCCCGUG